UGAAAUAUAUAUGAAUUUGCUGGCAGAUGUUUGAUCAGAUAAUAAGAUCAAGGAAAUAGUUUGUUUGUUUGUUUGAUUUGGGUUUUACGUCACACCGACACAGUAUAGGUCAUUUGGCGACGUUCCAGCUUUACUGGUGGAGGAAGACCUCAGGUGCCCCUCCGUGCAUUUUUUCAGGCAUGAACGGGCACCUGAGUAGAACCACCCACGUUCCGUAAGCUAGCUGGAUAGCUUACUCACAUGAAAGAAUCCAAAGUCCCUGUUGGGAUUCAAACCCACAGCAGUGAGGGGCAAGUGGUUUGAAGUCAACGACCUUAACAGACACGGACGCCCCAAGGAAAUAGUUACCCCACUGUUUAUGCGUGUUUUCUGGACAAUGUUGUUUUGUGAGUCAGAGAUUAGUUGUCAUGAAACUGGAUCGUACGGAAUGGAACGGCAAGGUGAAACAAAACACGGAAGUUUCUGUUAGAUCUCUCAUUUUUUUUUCUUAAAAAAAUGACUCAAAUUGAAUGGGCUAUGUGGGCAAAUGAACAGGCUCUCACCAGCUGUUCAGUUUUGUUUGUUGGGAGUGUUGUGGGUAUAGCUGGUAUGUUUAACAGAUGGCAGUUUGGGAUAUAUGGACUUAUUGCCAGUCUGUUGAUUGUAGUGUUGGAAUGGCCAAGAGGCAGAAGGAGAAAAGGAAACACUAUUCUACGUCGUUUCCAAAGACCUUUCACAUUACUUGUUGAUAAACUUGGUAUAGCAGGAAGAAAUUAUUUCAUCAGAUUUAUAGCUUACCUAUUAAUGUGUAUCCCAUGUUGCUUCACACUAGCUACUCUUCUUGGAGGUAUAUGCUUAUUGUGUACUGGGGCAAUAUAUUUUUUGGCUGCUAUUAAAGGUGAAGAAUGGGCACCGGCCGGCCUUGAAAAAAAGAGUGACAUAAAGCAAGUCAACAGUCUUCAUCCACCGAAGAAAGCCCCACCUCGACUUAACACUAGAGAUACAGGCAGUGUUGAUACUGAGAAUAUAGAUAUGGAGAUAGUUGAGAAUUCAAGGGGAGGAGCUUCUGAGCCCUCGAGACCACGACGACCUCCACCACGACCUACUGUUGUUUCUAUGGAAGGUGUUCAAGAUCCAAGAGGAUAGUUAUAAUAAUAAUUAUAUACAGUAUUGCAUUAUAUUUUCUUCUCCACUAAGUUUACAGUGAUACGACUAAGUUAUUGACUCUGAAAUAGUUUGCUAGUUUUCUUAACUUAAAUAAGAGUUCAAAUUUGUUUUUUUCCUGCUAUUAGAUAAAAGAGUGAAGAUUUAAAUAAUGGAAUGGUCAUUCUUUUAUGAAUUAGUGUAUGAUUUUAUCUAAUUUCACAAUAUCAAAAGGAUUUUUGUAGCUAUUAAUUAAUGGUUAAUAUUGUUGAGAAGAAUGUAGACAAAAUUUAAAAAUAAAUAUAUUAGAACAUUAAAGCAGCUUUCCUCCAGAUUUGUGUAAAUUUUGGGUUACAAGUUAAAACUGUUCUAAUGGAUAAAAAGGAUGAUAAGUGUACAAAUUAAGUAUUUAACCUAGCAUAUGGCACUUGUAAUCCACAGAAAUUGAAAUAAGUUAUAAUUUUGUCAAAAUUUGAAGAGAUUUCUCUUACUUUGUCAGAAAUAGAGUGGAAUUUUGACAAUAAAAAUACAUAUAGUAAAUUCUGUCAAAUUUUCGCCUAGAUUGGGAAUAAUUACACAUUUUUUUAACUACAGAUUAUUUUUUUCUGCAAGUUUGAUUUUUUUUCUGCAAGUUUGAUUUUUGAAGAUUUAUUUUACUCAUCAAAAGGCAUGCUGUUUAAAAUGAUAAAUUUCAAAAUACUGAAAGUUUGUCGUUAAAAACUUGGAGCUGAUUAAUAAUUUCCCCAAAUACUUACAAUAUGUGCAAAAUCAGGAAUCUCAUCUGUCCCAUUUAGGAUAGAAUUAUUGAUAUAUUAAUUUUUUAUGCUCCUACAUAUAGUGAUAAAUAAUGUAACAGAUUUGUUCUUCUGUCCUUCCUCCCACCACACUUUCCAUUUUUCAUUGUGCCUUCAUUUAUUGACUGGUAUGUUGGUAUCCUUCCAUUUGAUAGUGUCAGGUUUUUGUUAAUAUGGUCAAGAUCACUGAAACUAAAAAUAGAUUUUCCAACAUUUUGUCAUUGUAAAUUAAUUCUAAGCUUUGCCAAAGAAGCAUAGGGAUGCAUCAAUUAGACUUAGUGUCAUUUGUAUUUUUGAUUUAGAAAAUUGGAAAUGUUGAUAAAAUUGCUUUGCUCUCUAUAUGUAGGCUUUGUUAAUUAUUUAUUUGUUUGUGACUUGUUUAGGAACAAUAUUGUUUUUUCAACAAAUGAAAUAGACCUUUUUGAUGAUACCCUGCAAUAGAUCAAAAAGUUUUUACUGUGGUGACAGCUAUUUCUUAUGUACUAAACUGUGACAAUCGUCAUAAGUU